GACCAUUUGACACACUUGACAUCAAUGCAGUGUGGUCGCCAUCUUGAAUAUAAUUUCAUGAUGGCUAGUAUCUUUACAAUUUCUAAAUAAAAAAUGAAUGUCAGAAAUAUCAUUUCCAUCUGAAAAUAAAAUAACCAAAAUUUUCCUCCCAAUUUUUUAUUCUUAAUUAUGUAUAUUUUAGUUGUGUUUCAAAUCUAAAAAAAUUAAAAGAACACCAAUAAAACAAAUCAGCUGUUAUCCGUCAAUCGAUGUCAACAAAAUUACAUAAUUUUGUUUAGAAAAACAGUGUAGUCUCCGUUUUGAGUGUCAUUUUGAAAUUAAAAAAGAUGCAGAUCAAUCCUAAUUAGGAAUAUACAAAUUGAUACAGUAGAAAAUCUCCAAAACAGCCCACAAACCCAAGUGACUUUGUGUUUUUCUUUGUAUGAUGUAGACCAAUAAUAAGUUUUAGUUAUGGAUCAUAACAAUUUAAUAGAGUGCGGUGGAUUUUAUUUCAUACAUAAUUUUGACUCGGGAAAUCUCGGUCAUGUAGAAAGGGUCCCUACAGAGCUUAUAGCUCCAAGUUUGAACCCUAAAACAAAUGCAACUGAAACACCUGACUAUGAAUUCAACUUGUGGACACGACCCGACUGUGCAGGUACAGAAUUUGAAAAUGGAAAUCGGACCUGGUUCUACUUCGGAGUGCAGGCCAGUGAGCCUAAUGCAUUGGUACGGCUGAAUUUAAUAAACCUGAACAAACAGGGCAAAAUGUAUAACCAGGGCAUGGCACCGGUUACUAGGACCCUGCCAGGGAAGCCUCAAUGGGAAAGGAUAAGAGACCGUCCUGUACAUUCGACGGACGACAACACAUUCACAUUGAGUUUCAAGUACCGCACAUCGGAGAAUCUGAAGGCGACAACAUUCUUUGCCUUCACGUAUCCCUUCUCAUUUGCGGAACUUCAAAUCGCGCUAAACUCUAUUGACAUGAAAAUGCUUCCGUUACCACCCCCGCAAUCGCCUGAUGACAUUUACUACUAUAGAGAAUGUCUCAUAUAUUCUCUAGAGGGACGAAGAGUGGAUCUACUAACUAUAACAUCACACCAUGGAAUAACACACGAAAGAGAGGAAGGGUUAAAGAAUUUGUUUCCCGAAAACAAUGAGAGGCCUUUCAAAUUUCUAAACAAAAAGGUUAUCUUCGUAUCAGCGCGGGUGCAUCCCGGUGAAACGCCUUCGAGUUUUGUAUUCAACGGUUUCCUGAAUCUGCUGUUAAAUAGGAAUGACCCUAUAGCGGUGCAGUUGAGAAAGCUCUACGUGUUCAAAAUGAUACCAUUCUUGAACCCUGACGGGGUCGCCAGAGGGCAUUACCGGACAGAUACGAGAGGGGUCAAUUUAAACCGGGUUUAUUUAAAUCCCUCGCUGGUGUACCACCCCACUGUGUACGCGUCCAGAGCAUUAAUCAGGUAUUACCAUUUCGGUUGCGAAAAGGAAGACAAUUUUGAUGACAGCAAAAGCAUUACUUCGCGAAGUAUACAGAACAUCAGUGAAAGUGCAGAGUUACUAGAUGUCAAAAAGAAGAAGCCGUCCAGCGCCAACGCUGUCAAGAGCGAAAGUAAGCGCGAGAAGUCUGCCAAGUCGAUGCCUGGCAAUAUUAAUAAGUCUUCAAACACGAUCAAGCAGCCAUCUAGCGAAAACAAGAAAGAAACUACCAGUCUUGGCGGGGAUGCAUCCAAUUUGGCUGAACAAGUUUGCGACAUGAAACUCCAAGAGAUGCCGUCGCAGACAUCCGACACGUCAUCUAAAGCAUCCAACACGAACUUAGCUGAGCCUUCGCUUCUAAACGACGACGUAUUGCGUUCGUGCCUCGGAUCCAAUGUGCACUUGAGUACGAGCGAGGAGUUAAACUUCCAGGGCUCGAACCCGCUACGUCCACUCCGGGAUACUUUGAAAAACAGCAUCAGUCUUUUGAUGGAAUCCAACUCCUCAAUAGCUGGGGACAGUUCCAUGGAGGAUAAAGAGUCGCGACUAUCCAACGUCCGCAUGGGGUGGUGUCGCGAGUGUAAACGUGCCAUCACCCGGCUCGAGGACUCCAUGCCCGGCAUCACCGCCAUGGUGCCCGGCUACAGCGCGUGUAUGUUAAAACCGGACAUUCACCACAGCAUCGAUGAAUACAGAGAGCACCAGAAACAGCAGAUAGGCGACAAAGAACGCAUUAAAGAGGACAACGAAACGGAUGAUAAGAACACAGUUUACUUCUGUACCAAUUGCUUUAAGAAGUACACGAUAACAGGCCUCAACGAAGAACUUGUAUGCUCGCCGGUAUCGACCACGAGCGUAGCGGUCUCGUGUGGAGAGAGCGGGGAACCUCACUGUCCGCCUGCACCCCCCACCCCGCCCUCCCCACCACCGCUAAGUCUACCGUCAAAGGAGGAGAAGCCCAAGUCUCCCCUUCCCAAAUUAAAGAAGAAGCCGCCUCCAGCGCCUCCGGUGCCCGCACGAGCCCCUUCCAAAGAACCCGACUCGGGCCUUUAUCUGUACAUAGACUUGCACGGACACGCAUCUAAGAAAGGUAUCUUCAUGUACGGCAACCACUUCGACGACCUAGAGAGCUCUGUGGAGUGCAUGCUGCUGCCUCGCAUCAUGUCGCUCAACAACCUGCACUUCCACUUCUCCUCCUGCAACUUCACCGAGAGGAAUAUGUAUCUUAAGGAUCGUCGGGACGGCAUGUCCCGCGAAGGCUCAGGGCGGGUCGCGGUCCUAAAGGCCACGGGCCUAGUUCGUUCGUACACGUUGGAAUGUAACUACAACACGGGCCGGCUCGUCAACGUCCUGCCCCCAGCGGCCCGGGACCCGCCCCUCACUACCGGGGCAAGCGCCGCCACGCCCCCGCCCCCGCCCAAGUAUACGCCCCACAUAUUCGAAGAGGUGGGUCGAUCUCUGGGCGCGUCAAUCUUGGAUCUGACGGGGCAGCAUCCCAACUCUCGCAUCCCGUGCUCGGAGCACAGAAACUUAGCCGCCGUACGGGAUUGGCUGCGAGCGCAUACACGCACCAUGAGACCACAGCUGACGAUGUCCCGGUUACGGCCGAAGACAACGUCGCCGACGCGAGUGCCGUUGUACGCGCGUUCUAAAGCUAAAGUUACGGACGAACGCAAGGAGAACACUUACGUCGGCGCCAAAACAGACACGGAAAGGAAGCGCAGUCCGCCGGUACUCGCGCAACGUUCCGGCCACGACAUCAUCAACAUGAACAUGAAGUUCGCCAAAAAAAACGAUCCCGUGAAAACGCCGUCCCGCACGCGCUACCUCAGCGAGAACGAGCCGAAGCCGAAGACUCUGUCGACAAAACGUAGGAACAUCCUAGCGAUACGGAAACCGAACUCGAGCAAGACUCAAGUGGGCGUCGCCAAGGGGAAGGUGAGUAGACGGUCGGCAGACGACGCGGAGAGUCCCCGCGCUUCCCUCGUUUCAGCGAAGUUGAGUAAGCGCAGCUUCUCUAGGUCGAUACGCGGUGCAGUCACUCGAUCCGGUGGAAACCGCUGCCGAGCUAUGGCUUCCUCCUCCUCCGAGGAUAUGCUCGGCGGUAACUGGGAAGACGUCCACGGAGGCACCGUGUUAGGCUCCCAAAGCGGAGUCUCACAUCCGGAAUCCAUAUCCGUAUCCGGGAAACGCAGGCCGUUCCCGAACCCGUCGCCCUCGCACCUGAAGAAGAUCCGCCUAAAGUCUGGCUUGUAGCGCAAGCCGCGCGCCCGGCCCGCUUCCGAGGCGCAAUAACUACACCAGAAAUGUUCCAACUACAACAAGUAAUCUUUACCCCGCUAGAAAAAGGCUGUUUGUGUAGUCUAUAAUCUGUUUUGGUCCUCUUGUCCCAGGUUUUUCCCUAUUUCAUAAGUUACUUUAUGUAGAUAUACUUAAAUAGGGGUAUAUGGAUGAUUAAUUAACCAAAAUUCAUGGAUUCUUAAUUGUUGUGACUGUUGUAAUUUUUUUUUGUAACAUUGUAAACAUAUCGUCAUGUAGUAAAUCAGGUGUCGAACGAUGUUUUGAAAUGUGAAAUUAUCUGUUGGUUUUCGCAAUUCAGUGACUGAUCUUUGAGGAAAUUAUUGUGUUCUGCUGUAAUUUAUGCAUAAUUUAAAUGUGUUCUUAUUAACAAACGUAUUAGAUGUAUAGUUUUAUCGUUGCCGGUUAUUACUGACUGCAUAUAAAAAUAAUAUAAUUAUUAUCUACCUAUUGCUUUAAAGACAAAUUGAAUAUAAUUAUAAAAAAUAUUUUAAAUAGCUAUGGGUUAUAUCUAAUAAUUAAAGUGAACCCAACACCUAAAGGCAUGCUCUAGGAGCAGUAUUUUCAAAACAAUUGAUCUCAUUUUAUAAAAUUUUGCGAGACCGGUUUCUGCCCUUGUGCAGUUAGUUUCUGUCAAAGAUUUCUGUGUCCAUUAGUGUAACGGAUCGUUCGCAAGAGCGCUCUUUAACGUCCAAAAUGGAACGUGGACAGAAAAAAACACUCAGCGUCUCCGAGUGAACAACUACCUGAAUUCGAACUAGUGGAAACAGAAAUUUUGAUAUAUGAAACAAGUCGUGUGAUAUAAUAAAUAUAUUAUGUAGUUGUUAUUAAUAUAAUAAUUAUAAAAGGUUCUUUAAGAUAUGACAUUGUAACUUUUAACUCCACAAAAUAUUUAUAAGUGCCGACUAUUUAACAAUUUAUGGACAGUUUUCACUAAAAUACCUAUAAGAGUGCAAUAAUGUUUUAUAGAGAUAAUUUUGUUUUAUAUCAAAUUAAAUGUAGCACAUAAAAAGAUACUUGCGUACUUUUAAAAAUUUGGAUGUUGUGUGUAAUAUAAGAUGUGUUUAUCGUAGAAAAGCAUAGUAUGUAACUAAAACUAUUUAUUUAACAGAAAAUAUUAAUUAAAAAUAUUAAACAAAAACGU